AUGUCGAACGAACCGCAAAGUCUCCGGGGACUAUUCUUAAAGGCGGAGAGGGCGCGCGAAGAGCUUUCUUCUUCUUACGAAGCCAACAGUCCCACCUACCAGGAAAACCUCGGCGCGACCAUCGCCACCUACGAAGAAUGCCUAAAGAUAUCGGAGCAGGUGUCGCUGUUCAGCCCGAACGAGACUCUAGAAGACAUAUCGUCGUCUGAUCUACAAUACAUGGCGAUAAACUAUCACAUGGCAGAACUCAUACAAAAGAUCUUCAACACUGAUAUAUCAUUUCGAAAACAAAACCUGCUACGAGCGCGGGGGCACUAUGAGCGAUUCCUCAAGCUCCUAGAUUCCUAUGAUGUGCUUGGCAAGGCGGACGCGAAGCUCUUCGAAGCCUACACGGAAGACAAGGGCAACUUCUCCACCGCUAACACGCGGGAUGCCGCAGCGAGACGGGACGCAAAGAUUUCCCGAUUCAGAGAGGAGAAGGAGCUGAAGCGGAAACUCGAGUACCUGCGACAAAAUCCCAAACUUGCCGAACAGGAUGAGCAAGUGGUACGAGAGUUGCAUCUGACCAACCUGGCGUUCAUGGUGCAUCAGACGUUUGCUUCGCUGGAGUCGAUGGCCCAAGAAUUGCACAUCAUCUCGCUGGCUCCACCCACGCCCCCACAGGGACAGGCACAGCAAGCGCCUGACAGCCGACAGGACGGUAGAGAUAAAGACGGUUAUUCUGAGCGCCUGGAUGGUCAGUAUGCUGGGCUGCGGUACUCCGGGCCUAUCUUGAGCGGUGACGGCAAACCCAUGCGGCCUUUUACGCUGUUGGACAGCCGCCAAACCCUGAAGAAGAACGUCUUCCGUCCGGACCACAGUCUACCGACAAUGACAAUAGACGAAUACUUAGAAGAAGAGAAGCGCCGAGGUGGCAUGAUAGAGGGUGGAGGCCCCCAGUCCGAGAUGCAGCCUGAGCCAAAUGAGGACGAUCUUGUUGCAGCAGACGAAGAGACGAUGAAGCAGCGAGCAUGGGAUGAGUAUGUAGAGGCGAAUCCCAAAGGUUCAGGAAACACUUUGAACAGGGGUUGA